GGGGAGGAGCAGUGAGAAACGGGCUGCCGGAAGGGGCAACUGCAGCUCGGCUCGUCGCCAACGUAAAUGCCGGAUUGAAGCUGCGCAUCUUCCGUUCGAUGACGUUGCGCGACACCCCGUCCGGCCCGCGAGAUGGACGCGGAACGCCGUUAAAAAGUGUGCGUUAGUCGAGCUAACCAGCUAGCGGCUAACCACCUACCUUCCUGUCUGGGUAAACCCUCCCCUCCCUCGGCUAGCCAGUUGACGGCAGCUCGGCUCGCUCGCUGCGGCGCUGCGCGGCUGCCCACCACUUCACCCUCCACCUCCUAGUCCGCCACCAAAGAAAAUGAAGAAAUUCAACAUUCGCAAGGUGCUGGACGGCUUGACGGCGGUCUCCUCUUCUUCGUCGGCCGCGCAGACUGGGGCCGCCAAGGAGAACGACGCCGUCCCGGAGAGCCUGCAGUCGGAGCAUUUCCAGCUUUGCAAGACCGUGCGUCAUGGUUUCCCGCAUCGGCCGUCCUCCAUGGCCUUCGACCCUGUGCAGAAGAUUUUGGCUGUCGGGACGCUGAACGGAGCUUUGAGGCUCUUCGGCCGUGCAGGUGUGGAGUGCUAUUGUCAACAUGACAGUGGCGCCGCCGUCAUCCAGCUACAGUUCCUCAUCAACGAGGGGGCGCUAGUGAGUGCCUUAGCUGAUGACAGCCUCCACCUGUGGAACCUGAGGCAAAAGAUACCCGCCAUCCUGCAUUCGCUCAAGUUCAACAGGGAGAGAAUCACGUACUGCCAUCUGCCCUUCCAAAGCAAGUGGCUUUACAUUGGCACGGAAAGAGGCAACAUCCACAUCGUCAACGUGGAGUCCUUCACCCUCUCAGGCUACGUCAUCAUGUGGAACAAAGCCAUCGAACUAUCCACCAAGACACACCCAGGGCCAGUAGUUCACAUCAGUGAUAACCCCAUGGAUGAAGGAAAGCUCCUCAUUGGAUUUGAGUGCGGCGUGGUGGUGUUGUGGGACCUCAAGUCCAAAAAAGCUGACUAUCGCUACAAUUAUGAUGAGGCCAUCCACUCGGUCGCAUGGCACCACGAGGGCAAACAGUUUGUCUGCAGCCACUCGGACGGCACUCUGACCACAUGGAACAUACGAACCCCAGCCAAGCCGGCGCAGAUUAUCACGCCGCAUGGAAAGCAGCCCAAGGACGCCAAGAAGCCAGAGCCGUGCAAGCCCAUCCUGAAGGUGGAGUACAAAACCACACGGGCAGGGGACCCGUUUAUGGUUCUGUCCGGCGGUCUGUCCUAUGACACGGUGGGUCGGAGAGCAUGUCUGACGGUGAUGCACGGGAAGAGCACCGCCGUCCUGGAGAUGGACUUCCCUAUCGUGGAUUUCCUUACACUGUGCGAGACGCCGUAUCCCAACGAUUUUCAGGAGCCGUAUGCCGUGGUGGUUCUCCUGGAGCGGGAUUUAGUCGUCAUUGACCUCGGACAGAUUGGGUACCCGAUAUUCGAGACCCCCUAUCCACUAAGCAUCCAUGAGUCCCCCGUGACCUGCUGCGAGUACUUUGCCGACUGCCCGGGCGAACUCAUUCCGGCACUUUACUCGGUGGGCAGCCGACAGAAGAGGCAAGGCUACAGCAAGAAGGAUUGGCCCAUCAGCGGGGGAAACUGGGGCCAAGGGACGCAAAGUUACCCAGAGAUCAUCAUUACUGGACACGCCGACGGCUCCAUCAAGUUUUGGGACGCUUCUGCACUGAUGCUUCAAGUGCUCUAUAAGUUGAAGACGGCCAAGGUGUUCGAGAGGGCCCGCGGCAAGGAAGAGAAGGCCAACACGGACAUCGUGGACGAGGACCCCUUUGCUAUCCAGACGCUGUGCUGGUGCCCAGAGAGCAGGAUGUUGUGCGUGGCCGGCGUGUCGGCGCAUGUCAUUGUCUACCGCUUCAGCAAGCAGGAAGUCACCACCGCCGACGUGCAGCUCUUGGAAGUACGCAUGCAGAGCGAUCUGAGCAACGUGGACUCGCCCGACGCCGCCGGGGACCAGACCCCCACGCAGCCUUCCCCGCCGCCGCCUAGCCCUCAGGAGAGCGAGCCCUCUGCCACCAUCUCCACUCAGGCCUCCGCCAGCGGAAACAUCAGCAUCUCUUUGGCGGACGGGCCGCGAGACAACAUGCCCUGUCUGCAGGUGCGGAUCUCCCCAUUGAAGCAGUCUCCGGGCUACCAGGUGGAGCUGGUGGUCCAGCUGGUGUGGGUGAGCGGGGAGCCACCUCAGCAGAUCACUAGCUUGGCCAUAAACUCCUCAUAUGGACUGGUGGUGUUUGGCAACAGCAAUGGCUUGGCGGUGGUGGACUACCUCCAGAAAACACUGCUGCUCAACCUGGGCACGUCAGAGCUAUACAGCCCCUCGGAGCCCAACCAGAGGCACCCGUGCUCCCCGCGUAAAGCCCGCCACCCCUCUGGAGCGCAGUGCGAUUCCAAUGAUGGGCCCAACGCCGCAGAGGAGCGCUGCAAGUCGCCCAACUCGGGAUCCAACUCGCCCUGCAAUUCUGACGAAGAGCGCAAGGCCAAGUUCAUAGAAAAGGUGAAGUACAAAAGCAGACGCUUUUCCAAGACGGUUUCCAAUGACUUUGCUAGGAUGUCGCGGAAAAUUAGCUCGCCUAAUGAGCAAAAGCCCUACUCCGAGUGGGGUACCAUCUCAUCCAGAAAGUACUUUUAUUACACCCACAACGGCACGUCCAAGACAACGCGCAAAAGUGUGGAGCUGGCUUUCCCCGCAACAAACUCAGACCACAACAUGAAUUCCAAGGACAACUCGUUCAGCCGCUCGCGCAGUUCCAGCGUGGCCAGCAUCGACAGGGAGUCCCGCGAGGCCAUCUGCGCCUUCUGCUUCUGCGAGACCUUCCCCAGGAAGUUGGCGGACGCCUCGCCCAGCCCAUGCCUGCUGGUGGGCACCACCCACGGCUCUGUCAUGUUGGUGGGCCUCAGCCUGCCCUCUGGUGAUCAGCAGAGGCUCCUGCAGCCAGUCGGGAUCUCCUCCUCUGGCACGGUGGCCAGACUCAAAGGAGGCAUCUUAACGACGGCCCUGCUGGACGCCGCUGGAGCCCUGUUGCCCGCCUCCUACCAGCCCUGGUACGAUCCCAACGCCUCCGACGAGGAGAAGGAGAAGGAGAAGAGCCGGUGGCGCAGGCCGGCGUCACCGCCCUCGUCGCAGGACGGCCACGACUCGCAGUUCGCCGUCCUGUGCUCGGAGAGGCAGGCCAAGGUGUUGGCCAUGCCCUCGCAGACGCGCGUCUACAAACACAACAUCACCGAGUCGUCCUUCGUGCUGAGGGCCGACGUCGUGGAGAUGGCGGGAGCCAACUGCAUCGCCUGCUUCUGCGCCAACGGGCACAUCAUGAUGCUGAGCUUGCCGAGUCUGCGUCCUCUCCUGGACGUCAACUACCUGCCGCUGACGGACAUGCGGAUAGCGCGGACGUUCUGCUUCUCCAAUCUGGGCCAGGCUCUGUACCUCACCUCCCCCACGGAGGUGCAGAGGAUCACUUACAGCCAAGAGACCUGCGACAACCUUCAGGAGAUGCUAAGUGAGUUGUUCACACCAGUGGAGACCCCAGAGGCUCCAAACAGAGGUUUCUUCAAAGGACUCUUUGGUGGAGGAGCUCAGUCUCUGGAUCGGGAAGAUCUUUUCGGCGAAACGGCGUCCGGGAAGGCUUCUCGCAGCCUGGCCCAGCACAUUCCCGGCCCGGGCAACAUGGAGGGCAUGAAGGGCGCGGCGUCAGGCGUGGUGGGCGAACUGGCCCGCGCACGGAUAGCGCUGGACGAGCGAGGGCAGAAGCUAGGCGAGCUGGAGGAGAGGACGGCCGCCAUGAUGGCCAGCGCAGACUCCUUCUCUAAGCAUGCUCACGACAUGAUGCUGAAGUACAAAGACAAGAAAUGGUACCAACUCUGAUGAUGGCAGGCAACGCCUGGACGAGCACUGUGGACUCUGUAGUCAUGUACACACACACACACACACACACACACACACACUCACACAUCAAUAUGGCCGAGGAGCUGCGGUUCCUUCGUCAUCCUCUAAUUCUCUCCGAGUCGGCGGGGUUUUCCUGGGCUUUUUGGACUUGUGUAUUGUUGUUUGUUUUGGGUCACUUAGCUCUGCAUUGCCUCGCUGGCCGACGGACCUCUGCCGCGGACCUAAAUGAGGAGUAAAAGUCUGACUAUCCCGCCUUGAGACCCUUUUUCCCUCGUCCGUUUAAGUCCAAUCAUUGAAGUUUGUUGGUGUCUGACGAAAGGAUUCAGUCUGUCUGUUUGUCUUUUGUGUGAGGAAACGGCCAUUGAAGCACUUAGGAAUAUGAAGCGGGAGCUGAUGAAUAGCCUACCAAAUAAGGGCUGGUAGUAGACUAGCCCAUCUUUUGCAGAAAACAAAAAGUCGUCACUUUCCUUCCAUUUUAAUUUAGAUUAUUUAUCAGGACACGCAGAUCUUUUUUGUAUCAUUUACGAGACACACAAAGUUUAUUUAUCAGGAGGCGCGAUGCAGUUUCUGAGAUUGUUUAUCAGGUCACACAAGAGGUUUCUAAGAUUGUUCAUCAGGACAAAUUUGUUAGAUCAUCAGGACACAUGAAAAUGUGUUUGAUUACUAUAUUUAUCAGGACACAGGAAGUUUGUUGCCUCAUUUAUCAGGACACAGGAGAGGUUUCUUAGAUUAUCAGGACACUCGAGAAGUUGGUUAGAUAAUUUAUCAGGAUGGAUGAAAUUUUUUUUUAUAAUUUAUUAGGAUACAAGAAGUUUGUUAGCUCAUUUAAAAGGGCUUUUGUUCGCCGGGCAUUACUUUGUGUUAAUUGUCAGAUAAUUGCACGCGUUAAAAAAACUUCUGGAGUUGUUUACACCCACUGCUGUUGGAUUUGCCGUUAUGCCUCUUUCACACGGAGAUCCUGCAAAAUGGCUGCAAUGGAACUGAAGUAGAUUUUUUUGGGAUGUUGCUAUUUUUUUCACCCCACUUAAUCAGUUGUGGAAGGAAACUAUGACAAAAAAACUGCCUAAACAGAAUUUUUGUCUACACAUUGGGUGUAGGAAGUUGGAGAACAUUCUCAGCAAAAUGACAAUGCAGUUUGGAUUUUUUUUUUCUCACUUAUUUUCUCCCUGCGCACUAGUCAUACCAACAAAAUAAAAGAGAGGAGGGAAAAAAAGCAUUUUAUUCCACAUAUUUCGUGUAGGAAGUCGGGUAAAACUAAAAUAUGUGAUGCUGGUAUAUAUAUAUAUAUAUAUAUAUUUUUUUUUUCCCCCCACCUCGUCUUUAUCCCAAAGAAAUAAAAUAUGCAUUUUAUUCCACAUAAUUGGUGUAGGAAGUUGGGGACAUUUUUUUUUUUUUUUUUAUAAAUACAUUUACUCCGCCCCCCCCCCACACACACACACACUUUUUAUGCUUAAUAAGCAAAGCCGGAAAGCGCAUUAAUCCAAAUAUUUGGUGUAGUAAAUUAGGGGUGGUAAUCACAAAUACAAUAAAACAUUUCAGUUUAUUUAUCCGCAUGAAAUGAAUAAUAAAUAAAACUAAUUUUAUUCCACAUAUCUGGUGUUGGAAGUGGGGGUGAAACUCUUGCAAAAACACAGGUUUAAUUUUAUUAUGUUAGUUUUCUAGGCUUUUUUUUAACCCUCCACUUAAUCAGUCAUGCCCAAAAAUAACAGCUCAUUUUAGUCCACGUAUUUGGUGGAGAAACUUGGGUGAAACUCUUGGGAAUACUAUGACAUUUUGGGGUAUUUCUUGUUCUGUGUGAAAGGCGCAGGUAGAUAAAUACAGCUCUGAUGCACUUUCUUUUCUUUUCUUUUUUUUUUUUAAGGGCUGUGUGUGUGAAAGAGGCUACUAUCGCCGGUUGGGCGGCGUUCUGCGGAAGUCCACAAAACAAAAUCCGGAAAAACGUAGUGUGCAGCAUGAAAGGGGCUAUGAAGUACACUGGAAACAGCCUGACAAAGUAUAUUUUAGUUACCAGUCUCACUCUACUGUGAUGACCAUUGGCAAGUUUUUUUUGUUUGUUUUUUUUUUUCCCCCGUUGUCGGGGUAGUUUUUUGAGCGACCAAAACACUCCAUAGUAGGUGAUCGUUCUCAGUCGGCGCUUGUUCACUUUUUGGCCAUUGAUAACGCGUCUGUGCUAAGCUAGCUGUUUAGCUGCGUGUGUGUGAGCAUACAUAUAUUCAGGAAUGUGUGUAUGUAUGGACCCCACAUUUGCAUUUUUUAUUGAGUCUUCUGCAAGUUGCUAUUUGCGUACAUCUUAAAGAACAAAACAGCUCAAGUUUAAUGGGAUAUUGUGACCAUCUUCUUUUUGUGUAAGAUAUUAGUUUCAUAAUUGUAUUAUUUAUCGCCCCCUUUGUCCUAUAUAUUAGGUGUAAGAAAUUACCGGAAACAUGACAACAUUGUAUUUUUUUCCCAUCUAACAGCUCACUCAAAAAAAAAGAGAAAAUAAUUUUAGUCCAUGUAUUUACUGUAAGAAGUUGGGGGAUUUCUCUGACACACGACAAUGCUGUUUUUUCUGCCUAAUCAAUCACCCCCCCCCACCCCCCACCCCCCAAAAAAAGCAGAAAAGGGUAAAUUCUAGUCUACUUUUUGGGUGUAGGAAGUUCUCCUAUAUGAUGCAUCCUGUUGGAAUUUUUGAUGCUAUUUCCAUAAUUUUUGGGUGAGUGUAAAAGGUUGGGCAAAAUUCUCAUAAACCCCCCAAAAAAAGAGCCUGUUUUAGUCUGUGUAUUUAAUGUGUGAAGUUGGGGAUAAUUCCUAGAAACAUUACAACAGUUUUAAUUUUUGUCUGCCUAAUCAGUCACACAAAAAAAGUACAUUCAAGUUCAUAUUUGGUGUAGGAAGUUGGGGGAAAUUCACGGAAAUAAGUUGGGAGAUUUUCGAUGUUGCGGUUUGGAUUUUUCCCACCUUAUCAGCCACACCCAAAAAAAGGCAACUUUAAUUUGUUUGAAGUUGGGGGAAAAUCUGAAACAUGACAAAGCCGUUUGGAUUUUUUUUCUGCCUAAUCAGUCACACACAAAAAAAACAACUGCAUUUUAGUCUACAUAUUUGGUGAAGGAAGUUGUGGAAAAGUCUGCAACAUAAGUGUAUUUUUUUCAGCUUUUUCUGUGUGUAAGAAGUUGGGGAAAUUUCUCCUACAAAUAACACUGUUCGGAUUUUUGCCGCUUUUUUCCGCCAAAUCAACAAGGCCGAAAACAACCCAAAAAGCGCAUUUUGAAAGCCAUUCUGUACUGAUGAACCCAAGCCGAGCAGCAGCCAUGAAAUGUGGGUUGAGCACUAUUUUUUUUUUUUAUAAAUUUUUGUUGUUGUGAGAGGACCAAAAGACAUCCGAACCGAUCUAUGCUUAUCUAGAUCUAUGUCAUCUGCCAAUCCUGCUUAUUACAAUGAUCAGAUUUUUUUCCUCUACCGCUAUGAUAUAUAUUUGAAGAAAACUGUAUGAUCAUAUUCCAAAGGAAUACCUUUAAAUGUCUUUAUUUUGGGUGGAAGACUCACUUUAAACUUUUUUAAAACAUUUUCCCGGUCACACACGCACGCACACACACACACACGUAUGUCACAUUUUCCCACCUUGUGGGGCCUCGCCUUUUCAAGUGCUUCGUGGUUCCACAAAGCAGGGGUGGGCAACCCGCGGGGCUGCCCGUAAUCUCGUCGCGCAUUGACGGAUACAUGAUGUUAAGUGUUUACAAACGCGUAUUAUGCCGACAUUUGUAUUUACUCACACAAAAAAAAAAAAAAAAAACAAGACGCUGUUUACAUUUACUGGUGUGGACAUGCACGUGAAGGGUUUCCUGGCUUUUGCGGACGCGCUGAUUCAUAAAGGCUUUCGCUUGGCUUUACAGCAUUGUGCAAAAGGGGGGGAGGGUGGGGGGGGUUUGAUGCUGAGCCCCCCCCCCCCUGUCCAUCAUCCAUGCAUCAUCCAUAUGUCCUCUUUGUCCGUCUUCUGGGAUGAAUAUCUGUGGAGUUGCAGUAUUUUCUCAUUUUUGUACAGUUUUAUUAAAGAUGAAUUUCCCAUGGAUGUCCUGACUUGAUCUGCUCCCACAAUUAGACUGUAGAUACUAAUUGCAUUAAUAUAUAUAUAGAUAUAUAUUAGUGUAUUGGAAAAUAAAUGUAAAAAAAAAUAAAAACCUGA